AUGCUGGUGCUGCUGCUGGUGCUGCUGCUGGUGCUGCUGCUGCUGAUGAUGAUGCUGCUGAUGAUGCUGCUGAUGAUGCUGCUGCUGGUGCCGCUGCCGCUGGUGCCGGUGCUGCUGCUGCUGCUGGAAGCACGGCUGCUGGUUGUGGCAGGCGCGGCCGCGGCCGCCGUCGCGGCUGUCUUGGGGCCCCCCGCUUGCAUACGUGUGAACGCGCUGCCCUGGCCAGCGGUCAGGCCCGCUCGCCAGCCGCGGGGGCGGCUGCUGCUGCCUUUGCUGCUGCUGCUGCUGCUGCCGCUGCCUCUUGACUGA